AAGGCGCGAGCACCACUCUCUGCGCGCCAGUCUCAGCAAAUGAGCGCGUCUCUUCAGGCGUGUGACUCGCUAGGGAGAGCCAGGAGAUCGCUUUUAGCCAAUGACUUCGCAGCAAAUGAUUCACCAACGAAGGGAGAUCGGGCGCCACUGCCCGCAGAAGUCCGCAAUGGCUGUGCUGCAGUCAGAGCUUCCUCCUCUAAGCCAACUCCAGACUGGACGGGCUAUCCAAGCCGAUUGCGACUGCGGCCACCUCGAUUCUGCUAUAAAAGCCGGGAACCCUCCACCUUCCAAAAUUAUUCCAAAGAUUCCCAACUCUCAAAACUUCCAACUUUCUUCUUCUCUCCUCCAGCCGUAGUCACAAUGGCUUCCGCCCUUGCCGCCACCUCCGUCUCCGCCCUGGUGAGCAGCUUCACCGGCAAGGUAGCUGCCUCCAAGAAGGUCUCCCAGGUCAGCAAUGGCGCCAGGACCUCCAUGGUCGAGUUCUAUGGCCCCGACCGUGUUAAGUUCUUGGGCCCCUUCUCCGGAGACACCCCCUCUUACCUGAAGGGAGAGUUCGCCGGUGACUACGGCUGGGACACCGCCGGUCUGUCCGCUGACCCCGAGACCUUCGCCAGGAACCGCGAGCUUGAGGUCAUCCACGCCCGGUGGGCCAUGCUCGGUGCUCUGGGGUGCGUUUUCCCCGAGCUCCUUGCCCAGAACGGCACCAAGUUCGGUGAGGCCGUCUGGUUCAAGGCUGGCUCUCAGAUCUUCGCCUCCGGCGGCCUGGACUACCUCGGCAACCCCAGCCUCGUCCACGCCCAGUCCAUCCUGGCCAUCCUUGCUUCCCAGGUUGUGUUGAUGGGUGCCGUUGAGGCAUACAGGGUGAACGGUGGACCCCUCGGCGAGGUUGAGGACCCCCUGUACCCUGGUGGCCAGUUCGACCCCUUGAACCUGGCUGAGGACCCCGACACCUUCGCUGAGCUGAGGACCAAGGAGAUCAAGAAUGGAAGACUCGCCAUGUUCUCCAUGUUCGGAUUCUACGUCCAGGCCAUCGUCACCGGCAAGGGCCCCCUCCAGAACCUGUCUGACCACCUCGACAACCCUAGCGUCAACAACGCCUGGGCUUACGCCACUGCCUUCACCCCCGGCCAGUAA